AAAGCAUUCCUGAAUCCUGAUUCCCAUUCUCCUCCCCACCAUUUCCAUUUCCUCUUCCCCGAACCCUAACCCUAACGAGAAGGAGGCGGCGGCGGCGGCGGCCGUCACCAUGUCCGCGGCGGUGUGCGGCAAGCGGGCCUCCUCCUUCUUCGACGAGAUCCCCCACUCGCCCUCCUCCCCGCCCUCCAAGCGCGCUUGCUUCCGACCCCGCGCGCUCGCCGACCCCGGCCUCGUCGCCAAGAUCCGCGCGCGGUUCCCCUCCCUGGGCCUCGAGAGUAUUGAGAAGGCGUUGGAGGAAUGUGAAAACGAUUUGGAUUCAGCAAUAAAGUUCUUGCUCAAUUUACAUGUAGGGUCCACAGAAUAUAAUGUGGAUCCUAUUUGUCAAUCUCCAUCUGGAAUGUCUACUGAACUUGAAGCAGCUGAUGAAGCUGUUUUAUCUCGUAAUGAAGCUGCCUCACCUAUCGGAAAUGCUCCUUAUGCCGAUAACUUCCCAUCAAGUAGCAGCCAGUGGGUUGAGAUUCUUGUAAAUGAGAUGACUGAUGCCUCUAACAUGGAUGAUGCAAAGGCUCGUGCCUCUAGAGUACUGGAGGUUUUUGAGAAGUCCAUGAUCGCUCGUGUUGGUGCAGAAGCGAUGGAGAGUUUUCAGAAGGAAAACUCUGUGUAUAAGGAACAGUUUGAAGCAGUCACCAGGGAAAAUACUAUUCUAAAGAAAGCAGUUGCAAUUCAGCAUGAGCGCCAAAAGGAGCAUGAUGGGAGAAACCAGGAGCUUCAUCAACUGAAGCAGCUGGUUGUUCAGUACCAAGAACAGAUUAGAAGCCUGGAGGUAAACAACUAUGCACUGUCCAUGCACCUUAGGCAAGCUCAGCAAGCCAACUCGAUUCCAGGGCAUUUCCAUCGGGACAUUUUCUAAAUAACUUGAUUCCUAAACGAGAGGGUUCCACAGAAUGAGAUAUCGUUCACCCUAAAUUAGGGUUUUCCAUAGAAUGAGUUCUUGUUCUUGGCUUAUAUCCAAUAUAUUGCCAAGUUAUAACUUAGUUUAAUGUGUGUUGUAGACCUGUGUACAUGUUUGUCUUCCGUUUGUGUGCUGUUGGCCCGGAUGGGACUGUGCCAGCAAGCACAAAGCAGCUAGUUCAUGGAACGACAGACAGAAUAUGAUCAAGUUAGAACAGAAAAAAAAAAGAGAAAAGAACCUCUAAAAUAUUAUUCAAUGUUGGUUAUUUAAUGGUUGUAUGAGAUGAUCUGAUUGGGAUCUGUAGAAAGCUGUUGUAGAUUGCACAAAGUCGUGAAGAUGAAGGUGUUUUCAGGUGACGUUAACUCUGCUA